GAAGCUCUGGCUCAGAGUUGAGGAAAGUAAACAAGAGGCAGCCAUGGCGGACAGCGAUAGCGAUGAGACUAUCAUUGAGGGCUCCGUGCUCGACAGCGAGCCGGACGAAGAAGAACUCCGCGGGAAGAGGUUAUUUUUAAUUAGUAAGGAUAUGGCACCAGCAGCAGAAAAUAACAUUACCAAAGGAGUCAGGAAUAUAAAUGGAGGAGAGUUAUCUCCAGAGAUCCAGAUCAUCUUCAAACCUAGUGAUAAUCUACCAAUCCUAAAGGGAAAAGAUCCAAUUAAUCUUCAACCCCCAGGGAGUGAUGAAAAGGAAGAUUCUCCGUCUCUGCUCCAAUCUGGGAUAAACUGUCCAGUCCUUCCUGCAGGUAUUAGACAUGCAGAUUGUCCACAAGUUGUUACUCCAGAUGGAGAAUACCAGAAUGUGUUGGGUUUAGGUUUGGAAGUGGGUGCAUUUGUAGAGAUACCAGGCAGAAACGUGGCAGAUUUGCUGCUUUGGUAUGGAGCCAACCCACUGCUUAAGAAUGAGAAAGGGAAGAGUGCUUUAGAAGAAUCCACUGACAAGCAUAUGACGAAACUACUUGAACGCUAUAGCGCUAAACAUAGAAAAAUUUCAGCAACAGAUUUAGAGGACUUGAAGAUGGUACUGCAUGCACUGGUAACCUCAAGAUUGGACUUCUGUGACAUGCUCUACAUUGGACUAUCCUUGUACCAAGUUGAGAAAGUCCACCUGGUUCAAAAUAUGGCAGGCCAGAUUGUAUACGGGGACAUCUAG